GGCCGGGGCCUCCGGGGCCGCCGCCUCCUCCGGGGCGGCCUCCAUGUUCGCGGGGCUGCAGGACCUGGGGGUGGCCAACGGCGAGGACCUCAAGGAGACGCUGACCAACUGCACCGAGCCCCUCAAAGCCAUCGAGCAGUUCCAGACAGAGAAUGGGGUCCUGCUCCCCUCCCUGCAGUCUGCCCUGCCUUUCUUGGACCUACACGGCACCCCACGCUUGGAGUUCCACCAGUCCGUGUUCGACGAACUGCGGGACAAGCUCCUGGAGCGGGUGUCCGCCAUCGCUGCCGAAGGGAAGAUCGAAGAAAGGUACAAAAAGCUGGAAGAUCUCCUGGAGAAGAGCUUCUCACUUGUCAAAAUGCCUUCCAUUCAGCCAGUGGUGAUGUGUGUCAUGAAACAUCUUCCUAAGGUCCCGGAAAAGAAACUGAAACUGGUCAUGGCCGACAAGGACCUGUACCGCGCCUGCUCGGUGGAGGUGAAGCGUCAGAUCUGGCAAGACAACCAAGCUCUGUUCGGCGACGAGGUCUCCCCGCUGCUGAAGCACUACAUCCUGGAGAAGGAGAACCUCGUGUUCAGCAGCGACCUGUCCGUCUUGCACAACUUCUUCAGCCCUUCCCCGAAGACGAGGCGGCAGGGGGAGGUGGUGCAGAAGCUGACGCAGAUGAUCGGGAAGAACGUGAAGCUAUACGACAUGGUUCUGCAGUUCCUGCGCACGCUCUUCCUGCGGACGAGGAACGUCCACUACUGCAGCCUGCGGGCCGAGCUGUUGAUGUCCCUCCACGACCUGGACAUCAGCGACAUCUGCACGGUGGACCCCUGCCACAAGUUCACCUGGUGUCUGGACGCCUGCAUCCGAGAGAGAUUUGUGGAUAACAAGCGAGCUCGGGAACUGCAGGGCUUCCUGGACGGCGUGAAAAAGGGACAAGAACAAGUGCUGGGGGAUUUGUCUAUGAUCCUGUGUGACCCCUUUGCUAUUAAUACCUUGGCCUUGAGCACUAUAAGGCACCUUCAGGAGCUGGUGGGGCAAGACACCUUACCCAGGGAAAGCCCUGAUCUAAUGUUGCUGCUAAGGAUGCUGUCUCUGGGGCAAGGCGCCUGGGACAUGAUUGACAGCCAAGUCUUCAAGGAGCCAAAGAUGGAAGUGGAGCUGAUCACCAGGUUUUUGCCAAUGCUGAUGUCCUUUGUGGUUGAUGAUUAUACGUACAACGUAGACCAGAAACUGCCAACAGAAGACAAAGUGCCCGUUCCUUAUCCCAAUACACUUCCAGAUGGCUUCGCCAAGUUUCUGCAGGACCACCGCAUCGCCUGCGAAGUCGGCCUGUAUUACGUACUUCACAUUACUAAGCAGAGGAACAAAAACGCUUUUCUCCGACUCCUGCCGGGAUUGGUGGAGACCUUCAGCGACCUGGCCUUCGGCGACAUCUUCCUUCACCUGCUCACGGGAAACCUGACCCUGCUGGCGGACGAGUUCUCCACCGAGGAGUUCUGUACCAGCCUCUUCGACGGCUUCUUGCUCACCUCCUUCGCCAGAAAGGAAAACGUGCAUCGCCACACGCUGCGACUGUUGCUUCACCUUCAUCAUAAGGUGGCACCCGCGAAGCUGGAGGCCCUGCAGAAGGUGUUGGAGCCCGGCAGCCAGAGCGGCGAGGCCAUAAAGGAUCUGUACAACCAGCUCGGAGAGAAACUAGACCACCGCAAGCCCAGCCCAGCCCAAGCCCCCGAGGUGCCUGCCCUGGACCUGCCCCUGGCCACUGUCCCCACCCCAGCGUCGCUGUGAGGCUCCCUGGGCGCCGAGCCAGGGGGCGGGCCCGGGUGGUUCCCACUCCUCCACCAGCUGCUUCUUUGGGAUCCGGAUGACGGAGCAGGUCGGGCCGGACCCCUCAGCGAAUUAGCGGCCCCCUCUUCCCGGCAGGCGGGAUGUCCGCCGACGGGAGGUUAGGGCCGGGCGUCUGGAUGACCAGAAUCCCCCCCCCGGUCUUUCCCUUGCCCUUCCCUGUCCCAUUUCGGGCACAUCUCACCCCUCCGCGCCUUCAUCCCCUUGCUUGUGAAGCAAAGAUGUCGCCCAACCUUUGGGGUCCAGUUGGCCAGAUUUAUGGGAGCAAGGCGAUGCCAUGCAUCCCAGCGCAGGGUCGCCGACCACUUAGAAAGAAAUCCUUCCGGUCACUUUCCCCUACUCUCCCCACUUUUCACAUCUGGCUCCCAGACUGGAGAAACCGAGCAGCCUUGAAACUGCGGUAAGGCUGCCGCAGGUUCCCCCUUCUUGGCAUUUCUUUUUGAGCCGUCCUCAGAAGGCAUUUGACCUAUUUUUUUCUCUUUAAUAUGUACAUACGCUUAACUCGAGAAACGUUCUCUGUCUUGGUCGCCUGGUUUUUCUCCGUACCGUCCCGAGCGGGGAGAAACGAUUGUUCUGUACGUCGGGGGCUCCGGUUUGGCAGGCGGACAGAGUGAGGUCAAGGGUCGGCUGGGGCUGCCGAUGCAGCCUCAGGAACCCUUCGGAGGCAGGCAAAGGCGGGCCUGGUGUCGGUGCUGGGGGCGUUGAUCGGUACUGAACCAGUGUUUCACUCCCAGAGAAGUUGAGGAGUGGGGGCUCGGGGAAAGGAGGCAGUCAGGGUUUCCGAAUCCCAGUUAUGAAAUGGAAAGAAGCCGUCCGCGAGUCAGGAAGUGUGGUAGCCCCCUCUGGAUUGGCUUCCCACGCUGCGACAAACGCCCCUGGGAAAGCAGGGAUCGGCUCUGCCCGGCCCCAAAGGGAAGGUGGGAGGACUGAGGCAGGCACCAGUUUCCAGUCUCAGGCCCGUGGAAAGGCCAGCUCCCCCACACUGUGUAAAUUUAGGGAGCACAAGCCAGGCAUUGCGGGGUGUAAUUCCUUCAGUCCUCAAGGCCCCAAUCUCCUCUCCUGGGUAGACCCCCGCCCAAUUGGCCCUUCUCCUUUUUUUUGAGUCAUCUUCAAAUGUUCUGCUGCUUCAGACUCAGCCCCCACCAAACCACAACAGUCUCACCAUGCUCCACCAAAACACUGCCAUCCGGACAAUCAACCCACUGAACUUUGCGUAGGACUCAGAGAGGAGAGAGAAAGCGGGCAGUCCUCUCCAGAGAACAUCAGCGACUAGAAAGCUUUGCCCGUCCAAGAGAAAGAAGGCAGUAAGCGAGCGUGGCUUUAGCGUGACCGAAUGAGAUGGGUCGAACAAAAUGGGGGGCCAGUCCCUUUUCCCAGAUGCCCGUCUCGGGGAGGGUUGUGGCGCCUUUCAUCCGUGCCCGCUUAUUUGGUGUAAAUGGGAGACUCGUGUUAACCGGGAGGAAGCUUUCUAAGUGACGUAGGCUUUCACUUGUAGAAAUAAAAGAGGUUUUUAUAAGUAA